AUGGCUACUUAUUACUCGAGCCCUGGCAGUGAAAGAGAUUCACAAACAAUGUACUCAACAGAGUCAGGCAAUGCAUCAUAUCCCGUGCCAUCAGCCCUUGGGAACUUCCUUUAUCCGAACAAUGCAUCUUCUGGACCUUAUACAGAAUUUAGUGGAAUUGUCCAGCCUCAGCAGAAUUUCAUGGAACUUACUGGUCAUCCUUCAGCAAUGUCGCAUGAUUCAUCAUCCAAUGAAGCUACUAACAUGGGCACUUCACUCACAGAGCAGCGCUCUUUUGGUCCUUUGAAAGAUAUGAGAAAUGAGAUGUUGAUGCAUUUGAUGGAUGGUGCACACAGCAGUGGCAGUGAUCUCAUCCACAAUGAUGCCCAUAGCACUGCACAGCUCGAGUUUGGCAUGUUAAACAACCACAACUCAAGUGUUCCAUCAGCACCAGGCCAAGGGCUGUCUCUGAGCCUCAAUACGCAUAUCUUGGCGCCUUCCUAUCCAUACUGGUCUGCAAAGCAAGAUUUACUGACACCAAAUUAUUACCAGGGUGAUGACAACAGAAUGAAGAAUAUGCAGUCUGAGGCCUCACAGGCAAUCCAGAACUCUAAGUAUCUGAAGGCAGCACAGGAGUUGCUUGAUGAGAUUGUCAGUGUUUGGAAGAGUGUUAAACAGGAAACAGAUAAAGGCCCUGCUGAAGCAGGAAAGGCAGAUGGAAAAGAGACUGAUGGGGGGACUAAAAGUGAGGGAGUAUCUUCCGAUCCACAAGAGUCUGAUGCCAAUGCAGCAGCUGAGCUUUCGACUGCUGAGAAACAAGAGCUCCAGAAUAAGAUGGUGAAACUUAUGGCAAUGUUGGACGAGGUGGAUCGAAAGUACAAACACUAUUAUCAUCAGAUGCAACUUGUAAUGUCAUCGUUCCAUAUGGUUGCUGGUUCUGGAGCUGCCAAGCCUUAUACUGCAGUUGCCCUCCAGACAAUCUCACGGCAUUUCCGAUGUCUAAAGGAUGCUAUCAAUGAUCAAAUUAGUGUUAUCCGGAAGAAACUUGGGGUGGAUGACAAUACAUCUGGCAAAGAGGGCAAACUAACUCGCCUUCGCUAUAUCGAUCAGCAAAUAAGGCAACAGCGAGCUUUCCAACAGUAUGGUAUGCUACAGCAAAAUGCUUGGAGGCCACAGAGGGGACUACCUGAAAAUUCAGUCUCAAUUCUCCGGGCUUGGCUUUUUGAACACUUCCUUCACCCGUAUCCAAAAGAUUCUGAAAAGAUAAUGUUAUCAAGACAAACUGGGUUAACAAGAAGUCAGAUUUCAAAUUGGUUUAUCAAUGCCCGUGUCCGGCUGUGGAAGCCAAUGAUCGAAGACAUGUACAAAGAAGAGAUUGGUGAGGCAGAGCUAGACUCCAACUCUUCCUCUGACAAUGGGCAGCGAAACAAGGACAAAGCACCAUCUUCGGAAGAAAAGGAGGACUUGAAGACCUCGACAAGCCAGGUUUGCCAAACCAGCCAGCUUGACGAAUCCAAAGCCAACGUUGGUGGAAUGAUGAGCUUUAGUGGAGGGCCAGCCGGCGGCUUCCACAACGAGGCCAACCCCAAUGACAGCUUCAUGAGCCUGAUGCUGAAGGCCCAGAGAGCGGGUGAAACCGAUGGCAGCGGUCUCCUCCAUGAUGCCGUCACUCAUCACUCGGAUGAGAGCGCGCGGUUCAUGGCAUACCACCUGGCAGAGUUUGGGAGGUACGGGAACAACAACAUCUCACUGACGCUGGGUUUGCAACACGCCGAGAACAGCCUCUCAGUCCCACCAAACACCCAGCCAGGCUUCCCCGGCGUCAGAGACCAAGACAUCUACAACGCCACAGCUCCUCUCAACGUCGCCUCCACGUCCUCAGAGUAUGAUUCGGCGAGCCAAAUAGAUCAACAACAACGGCAGCGAUUUGAGCCGUCACCUCUGAUGCAUGAUUUCGUGGCCUGA